AUAGAGAAAUAGUCUCUGACCAAAAAAAAAGAAAAAGAGAAAUAGUCCAGCACUGAAAGAAGUUGCGGCAUUUGAAAUCGGAGAGGGAGCGACAAACAGACAGAGAUCGGAAUGGACGGUCCUCCUGAAAACGAUCAGUGCUCCGUCUGCCACAGCGGCUUCAACACUCCAUGCCAAGCCAAUUGCUCUCACUGGUUUUGCGGAAAGUGUAUUAUGCUUGUUUGGGAUCACGGAUCAGCUCUUCAGCCUUGUAAAUGCCCUCUCUGUCGUCGCCAGAUAACCUUGCUGGUUCCAACUGAGGCUUCAUUGAGCCAACGUAAUACGCCUGAGGUGGCUGAGAUUCUAGGCAAGGUUGAAACGUAUAAUCGCUAUUUUGGAGGUCAAUCCAGAGGACUUAUUCAGAGAAUGCAAGACCUUCCUUUUCUUUUGCGGAGGCUGUUACGAGAAGUAUUGGAUCCGCGUAGAUCGCUUCCCCUUGUUAUAAGGGCUCGUGUCAUUAUUGCAACGAUACUAACUGGUGCCUAUAUACUCAGUCCUGUUGACUUUAUUCCGGAAGCAAUAUUUGGUAUAGUUGGUCUGUUAGAUGAUCUCCUCAUCACACUAGUGGUCUUCCUCCACAUUGCUACCAUUUAUCAAUCGGUACUCUAUCAACGCCAUGGAGGUUCUUAAAUUGUAUGCAGUUUUAAACAAUUUUAACAUCUGGGACAACUUUGAGUUCUUAAAUCUUAAUAGUGAAGGAUUUUGGUCUAGACAUGAUUAAAUACGUAGAUUUGUAAAAGUAAGCUAAAUGCAGGUUCUUAACUGAGAUUUAGUUGUUUAAUUUAUGUAAAAUUAUAUGUUCUAUUAGUGUGAAAUCAGUAGGCAUCCAAUAUACGUCUUGGCGUUUUGCAUU